UUGCCAGUAUUCAUUCGGUCGUCAGAAUAAACAUACGUUCGUUCGUUCGUGAAGUGAAUUUGUGCGGUAUUUGGACGCUAUACAUUGAACACAGUGCCUACUGUAGUACAGCAACAGUAAUUGCCAUUUACAUAUAAAAAGCAACAAUAAAGAAUAUUGAUCGGUUGUGAUCUGUGAGCACAAAAAAGCAAAUAUGGCCGCCACUUGUUGGAUGAUGAAGAUUGUUUGAUGAACGGAAAGUGAGAAAAUUACAUAGCAACAGCUUCAUGUGAAAAAUUAUCGUUCACGGUUUCCGCAUUUUUACUCAAUAUACGAUUUCAAAUUUAGACAACUUAAUUGACAGAGCAUUCUAAAGAAAACGUGAAAUCCAACCGUAAGAAUUCAGUGUAAAAAGUUAUUCAGCUGUGUGUGUAUAUUGUGUAAUAAUUGAAAUAAAAUUGUUAACAACGUUCAAUAUCAGUGAAAUAUAUAUGAUUUAUUAAUUGAUAAACAUUGAAGAGCUACCUAAUCAUAAUGUGCAGUGUCUUGUAGCUUUUUAAAUAAAAUUGUAAUCUUAAAUUAUAUGCAUACAUACCUACACUAAUUCUCCGAAAAGUGACUUAAAAGUGAGAAAUAAAAUUAUUAAUGUGUGGCUCCAUACAAUUCUAACUACUUCUAUUGCAAUCGGAAUUUUCGCCAUUCGCUUGAAAACCUAUGGAAGACCCGUCAAUCAAAAAGCGAUUAAUUGAUUUUGGUAUCGAUGAACAUGAGUAUGACGAGGUUCAGGAAUUACCAGACGAAUCAAAUAUUAAUCCACAAAUUGCAACCACAACAACAGAUUUACACCUACAACAACAACAGCAACCACUUUUACACAACACCAACGCCAACAAUAACAACACAAACACAACGGAUCUACCACCCGAAUUGCCACCACCAAAACAAAACAAACUGAAAAAUUCCAAGAAAAAUAAAUCAAAAUCGAAAAUUCCACGUUCACCCUCACUCGCCGCUACCAGUAACGCCGGCAACAGUAGUAAUCUAAAUAUAAGUAAUAACAACGGUAAUUUUGGUAGUGGAAUUUCGUAUUCACCUAUUCCACCACAGACACCACCGCUGCCACUCAAUUACCAACAAAGUAAACUGAAACAUAUGAAUGGUGGCAAUAUCACACCGACUGGAACACCCACAACACCACUAGCUAACUUCGGUGCCGGUUUCUCACCAGUAACGCCAACAACACCAACAAUACUGGUGUCCAAUAGUGUUGGUGGCAAUAAUGUUGCUUUUGCUAGCACACCGACCGGUGGUAGUGUUGGUGCAGUCGCAGUGAUGGGUGGCGGUAGUGUGCCACUUAGUGGUGGUGUUGUCGGUGCUAACGGCACGAGCGCGGGUAGCGGUGUAGGUGUGGCUGGUACGGGUAAUCAACGUGGCAGCGUUAAUAUGGCCUCAGCUCGACGUCCUCAAUUGCAAAUCUCUCCGAUACCGGAAUCACCAAAAAAUUUUCAGUAUUUGACCUUGACGGUGCGUAAGGACGAGAAUGGCUAUGGCAUGAAGGUCUCCGGCGACAAUCCAGUUUUUGUUGAAAGCGUUAAACCAGGUGGAGCGGCACAAAUUGCUGGCUUAGUUGCCGGCGAUAUGAUCUUAAAGGUCAAUGGACAAGAAGUGCGUAUGGAGAAGCAUCCAACUGUGGUUGGCUUAAUAAAAGCUUCUACAAUUGUCGAAUUGGCGGUGAAACGCAGCCAGAAGUUAACACGCCCCACAUCAGUGGGCAUUGUGCCUUCUACACCCAUACUAUCUGGGCGGGAUCGUACUGCAUCCAUAACGGGCCCACAACCGGUUGAUAGUAUUAAACGCCGUGAAAUGGAAACGUAUAAAAUACAAACGCUACAAAAGAUGUUGGAACAGGAAAAACUGAAUUUGGAACGUCUGAAAGGUGACACCAACGAUCCGAGCUACAAACUCUCCGAAGCGAAUAUACGAAAGCUGCGCGAACAGUUGCGAAAAAUCGGUGCCGAGGAUGCACCAACAAUCAAAUUACAACCAACUGCCAACAACAAUAAGAAUAACGCAAUGCUCUCGCCCGCUCAAUUACACCAUCUAUCAGUAACGUCCCAUCACCAACACCUACACCCACAUCAGCAAACACAACUACAACAACCAACCAUAAUACCACAGCCACAAGUACAAUCCUCUCCAGCUUUCCUCUCUCUAUUGCCUCGUUCGCUGUCCUCGCUGUCGUUGGGCACGCGUAAAAAUAAGAUUGAUAAAGAUUUAAUUACUGCGCCAUUGAAUAAUACAACGGAUUUUCUACAUCAUCAUCAUUUGCAACAACAACAACAACAACACAAUGCGAACAACAAUGCGCUGCCGCCAUACAAUAUGUCACAAUCGUUACAUCAACCACAGACGCAGCAGCAGCAGCAACAGCAUCGCAACUCCAUGCAACAGGCGCUUUUCUAUCAGCCGCAACAACAACAACAGCAGGCGCGUCUCAAAGAGACGCCGAAAUCAUCGAACUCCAAGGGUAAAAACAAGUUCGGCGCGCAAACGAAAACUCAGAGCAUACAAGAGGAUACACCGCCGCCGCUGCCGCAACGCAAUCCGCCGCGUCAGUUGCAGCUGGACAAUAACGGCAAUGCCGCAGGUGUCAUGAGCACAAGCGGCAACAACAAUGCGUCUUUAUUCGCACCAAUCUCCGAUUUGGACAUGGGCGCCAGUAGUCCGCGCGGCAAAUCACCACAACCCACUUUGCCGCCACCGCCGUCGUGCGCGACCCCCACCAGCGGCGCAUCAUCAGCGCAAAAGAAACGCUCUAAGACCAAGACGAAAGCGCUUUCCGACCCCAAGAUGUCAACGCAAAUGUUUCUACAAAUGGAGACGUCGUCGUCGGCGGUGGGUGCGAAUGCGACGGAUGCAGCCGCUGAUGGCGGUAGCUGUGAAACCGAUUGCAUACCACCGCCUUUGCCGCCACGGCAACCUGGCAUGCUGGAGGAGUCGCCGCACAGAGGCAGUUUCUCAAAUUUGAAUGCGUCCGCACAGGGGGCGCGUCCGCCGCCCAACAGCAUCGACACGCUGCUCAACUAUCCGCUCGUGUCCACUUGCACGCCCGUGCAUCGCGACAACAUGGCGGCGGCAUUCCCGCUCUCGCAGCGCCCCAACAUCGUGCAACAACUGCAGCAACACCAACAACAACAGCAGCAGCAGCAACAAUUGCAGCACAGCAACAGCUGCACGGGAACGGCGUCCACAGCAGCUGCUUUGGGACAAACGCCGCCUAAUCACCUCAACAAGCAUCGACGUGUAGUCUCCGAGCAUAUGCAUUCCAGGCAUCCAGAUCGUAUUAAUAAAACAACCUCUGGUUCCUGGGAGCUCGUUGAGAAGGAUGGCGAAAUAACACCACCCGGCACACCGCCGCCGCCCUACCUAACCAUGUCUGGUGCUGAAGAGCAAUCACAGUUGGCAAAUGAUAGUGUCAUUAGUGGCGGCGGUGGUGGUAUUUUCAUUGAAUCACAUCACUUUACACCACUAGCAAGCGCAGCUUCACCCACACCAACCCCACCACUCACUGCAAACGCCGGCAUCACCAACAAUCCCACUACACAUUCCAGUCGCAUUUUAGCCGCACAAGCCAAUAUCACCCAGAAGGAGAUCAUCUCCAUGGAGGACGAAGAUGCGUCCGAUCAGGAGGGCCCGUUCAUUGACGAAAAUGGUCCCUUCAAUCAUUUGCAACGCCUGCUGGAGCCGGAAAAUGUCGCCUUCUUGGCUGUCUUUCUCAAUUAUGUGCUAUCGAACUCGGAGCCGGCACCGCUACUCUUCUACCUAAUCACUGGCCUGUAUAAGGAGGGCACUGCGAAGGAUAUGCGUAAGUGGGCCUAUGAGAUACACUCGACAUUCCUGGUGCCACGUGCGCCACUCUCCUGGUAUCGCAAGGAUGAGUCCUUGGCGCGUGAAGUAGACAAUGUGCUGCAAAGCGAAUUUGAUAAAGUGGAAAUUCUGCGUAAAGUCUUCUGGAAGAGCAGAAAAUGCGCACGAUACACGAUCUGCGCGCAAUUGCGUGAAUUCCAGCAGACGCGCACCGAAGGUCUGGGCACAAUUUAUGGACCGACCGAUGCGCAAUUGGCAGAGGCUCGUGGCGACAAGCAACGAGAACAGCACAUCUUCGAGGAUACACUGAUGCGCAAGUUGCAGGUGUUGAUUGAGGAGUAUGAAAAAGACUCACCUUUGGAGGAUCCCAAGAAAUUAGCGCUUUGCUCGGCCUUAUCAACCGUUAUACAUCGCAUAUUCAUAACGCGUUCGCAUCCAAACAGUAUGGUUGAUCGUGUGCAUCACUUUGUGAGUCGUGAAAAGAGUUUUAAGUCGCGUUUGAUGGGCAAAAAUCGGAAAAUGAUUGUUCGUGGUCAUCCAUUGGUAUUACGUCAAUACUACGAAGUGACCCACUGUAAUCAUUGUCAGACAAUAAUCUGGGGUGUCAGUCCACAAGGUUACCAUUGUACAGACUGUAAAUUAAAUAUUCACCGUCCUUGUUCGAAAGUGUUAGAUGAGAAUUGCCCCGGCCCGUUGCCGCAGUCGAAACGAAAAGAGCCGCACAACGAUAACAAAAUCAGCAAAUUUAUGGGGAAAAUACGUCCACGGACCUCGAGUGAUUUUAUUUCAUCGGAGAAACGUGCACGUCAUGAGGAAGACUUUGAUCCAGAUUUUUCAAGUGAACGCUUGCACACAUCAUCCAUAGUACGGCAACCCUCCGAUCGCAGACCGGAUGCGGCCAACCAAGCGCUGCGCUCCAACGGCACAGCCGCAACGUCCGCCGACAACACAGACGACGUACAGCUACGUUUGCCAACGAGCGGUGCAUACCCAGCUGGCGGGUCGGGCGAAACCGGCGCUGGCAUUGUCGGCAAGGGCGCAUCGGGAGGACGCGGCGGCACACGCGAAUCGAACGUGCCGCUGUCGGGCGAUGCCACAGGCGACUUGGGUGGUACAGCUGCUGCCGAUACGAGUGCGCAGGACGCAGCAGAAGGGAAAGAUGCACGACGAGAACGUUUACAUCAACAUCAUCAAAAUAAAAGCGCUCCCGUCUCAGUAAAUCGCUCCGAAUCGUAUAAGGAGCGUUUAUCGCAAAAACGCAAUCGCAAUAGUCGACGCAAAACAUCAGAUCCUAGUCUGACGUCAAGGCCAAACGAUGAGCAAGCCGAUGUUGGACUGUCCAAUUCCAACUUUACCGCAAGUUCCAAUUCUAGUCUUUCCUCGGGUGGCGGCUCUGAGAGUCCCAGCACCUCAAUGGAACAAAUGGGUGGCGCCGGUGGUGCAACUGCCACCGCCACUGGCCAUCCGAUUACACAUCACCACAGCAUGCACGCCCACCACACCACACCGCAUCAUCACAUGCACCAGCACAGCCAUCAGGACUCGUUCCAUGGCAGCAUGGGUGGCGGCUCGAUGAAUACCAGUUUUUGGGGCAGCAGUUUUGGUGGUGUCGGCACCGGACAACCCGGUCAGCGACAGUGGAAUUUCGAGAGUGACGAGGAGGAUGAUCUCAACGAGGCCGAUUGGAGUUCAAAUGUUACAGCGGAGCUAUUGGCCGCGCUCACCGAUGCGGAGAAGAAGCGACAGGAGAUUAUAAAUGAAAUUUACCAAACCGAGCGCAGUCACGUGCGCAUUCUCAAACUAUUGGAGCGUCUCUUCCUCCUACCGCUGCAGGAUAGCAAUCUACUUACGGCCGAACAUUUAAUGCUCCUCUUCCCGCCUGCAUUACUCUCGCUGCGCGAAAUCCACACAACGUUCGAACAACAAUUGAAGCAACGUCGCGUCGAACACAAUCAUGUGGUCACACAUAUUGGCGAUCUGCUCUCCGGCAUGUUCUUUGGCAAGUCGGGCGAUGAGCUGUGCCAGUAUGCGCAACAAUUUUGUGCGCGUCAACAAAUCGCUUUGGAGGCGCUGAAGGAGAAACGUCGCAAGGACGAACAGUUGCAGAAGCUAUUGAAUAAGGCCGAAUCGCAUAAGGCUUGCCGACGUCUACAGUUGAAGGACUUGCUGCCGGCGGUGCUGCAGCGCCUAACCAAGUAUCCGCUGCUCUUCGAAAAUCUAUACAAAGUGACGAUACGCGUGGUGCCCGAUGACCCGUCCGAAGCGGAGGCUAUACAGCGUGCGCUCGAGUCGUCGAAGAAGAUACUCGUCGAUGUAAAUCAGGCUGUAAAGACCGCCGAAGACACGCACAAAUUGCAAAACAUUCAGCGGAAGCUAGACAAGUCAACUUUUGAUAAGGAUGAAUUUAAGAAUUUGGACUUAACGCAGUACCGUCUCAUACAUGACGGUAGCUUGACAAUGAAAAAGAAUCCCAGCAUACAAUUGCACGGUCUACUCUUUGAAGAUAUGAUUGUGUUGUUAACCAAACAGGACGAUAAAUAUUCAUUGAAAUAUUUGCACGCCACACGCAACACGGAGGUGAAUAAUAAGCCCGUCAGCCCCAUCAUGAGCAUCGAUUCAGAGACGCUGGUACGACAAGAGGCAGCCGACAAGAAUUCAUUUUUUUUGAUUAAGACAAAAACAUCACAAAUGUUGGAAUUGCGCGCACCCAGCAGUUCCGAGUGUAAAACGUGGUUCAAACACAUUUCCGACGCCGCUGAACAGUACAAACCACGUUCGAAGAACGCCAACCAUGAGCCAGUCGAUGACCCAGCGAUCGUCACCCUACCGCAUUCCAAUACAAAGGAGUCACUUGAACUCACACCGGAGCGACCGCCGCCCGCCUCGGCUAUCGCCACCGUCACGACCACACCGUUGGCGCCAAUGAUGCCUGUCGCUACAGCGACUUCGGUGAAUGUCAACAACAACAAUAAUAAUAAUAACGAUCAUCACAAUGUACAGUUACGCAAUGGACGUCGUGAGAGUACAUCAACCGCAGGCAGUGCCGACCACAAAAUGCGUCUCAGUCACAAUGAGCUGUCACCUUCGAUUGGCUCAUCGUCGGCCGCCAUAUCGUCCGCCUCCACAGCAUCACUAUCGUCAUCAUCGGCUGCCGUUAACCGCACCAUGUCGACGCGCAGUUGUGGUGAGCCGAACAACAAUAACGGUGGUUAUGAGAAUGCAAGCGUAACCCUACGUCACACACAGUCCGCACGUCAAGCCAACGGUCAUAAUGCGGGCGCCGGCGCUGAUGAGUUCGGCUCAAAUGCCAGUGGUGUUGGCAGCGGAUCGAAGCGUGACAGUGCCAGCAUUGUCUACUCAAACAAUUCGAACAAUACGCGCACGCUAAUGCAGUCGUCGCCGCCAUUGGUCGAACCCACCGCCAUACAGAUCAGCAUUAGUCCGGCGCAUACCGCCGAACCGGUACUCACCCCAGCCGAGCGGUUGCGUCGUUUGGACGCAUCCAUACGCGACGGCCUGUUGGAGAAGCAGAAGAUAAUUUGUGAUAUGUUCCGGCUGCCGGUGGAGCACUUCCAUGAGAUCGUCGACAUUGCGGCGAUGCCCGAAGCGCCUAAAGACAGCGCCGACAUUGCAUUGGCUGCGUACGCACAGGUGCAAUCGCUAACUGAGGUACUCAAUGAGUACAUGCAUGUGACGCCCGAACAGGAGAUAUCCGCUGUGUCAACAGCUGUUUGCGAUCAAUGUCAUGAGAAGCAACAGCAGCAUCACCAUCACCACAGCCAACGACCGUUGACGCCGUUGACGGCCGCUUCGUCGAACUCAUCUUCAACGUCAACCAUGAAUUCAACCGGCUCUUCGACCACAACACAAAUAGCAGCAAACGGUAGCGUAUCAGCUGCGGAUGUACCGCCACCACUACCGCCGCCUAACAAGCAGAUUGCACAACAGCAGACACCCACCGCCAAAACGGCGACCAGCGUUCGCGCCGUACUGCAAAAUGCGUUGGUCGACGAGGAUAUACAUGAAGAUGACGAUGGCUAUUGUGAGAUCGACGAACUGCGACUGCCGUCGCUACCACCGACACUCGCUUCGAAAACCCCAAAAGCUUCAACCCCACCACCGCCUUUGCCACCACCGGCUGGCAGUUUUAAAGCACCACCACUACCGCCACCGCCGGCCGCAAUUCUUCAACAACAGCAGCAACAACAACAACAACAACAGGAGGAGGAAAAGAGUGCACUCCCGGCAACGACUACAAAUACGACAGCUCCAGAGGAGAUCGCCACUUCUGCUGUGGCCCAAGCGAGCAUGGCAGAGUUGGUGAAACGUCAGAGUACCAUUAGCGCUGAUAGCAUUCCGGAAGAAUCUGCCGAUGAGGUAACCCAGGCGCUUAAUGAAGAUCACGUUAGCGAGCCGGUGACUGCCGAGCAGCUGGAUGUUAAGCAUAAUGAAGAAACUGUAAACACGAAUGAUAACGAAUCAGCGCAACCACAAAUUGAGGAGAAGGUUGCAGCGGAGACGGAGACGGAGACGGAACAGGAUAAAGUUAAAUUAGAGCUGAAUGAAGAGAAGGCUAGCGAAGGUGAUAACAAGGAGACGAGUGAAAGCAAAAUAGUUGAGAAUGUAGCCGAGACAACAACAGCAACAACAAGCGCCAGCGAUGCAACAACAGACACAACUGCAGUCAAUACAGUGAGCACCGCACAGCCGCAAAAAGAGCAGAGCGUAUCGGAAAAAUCGGAAGAAACGGUUGACAAGACAACAGCAGAGGAUCCAAACACAAUAUGUGGUGAACAAGAAAUAGCUACAACACUAACAACAACAACUGCACCAGAAACAGCAGAAACAACAAGCACCAACGAUACCAAUAACCCCGAUGAGCACAUGGAAGUCAAUGACGCCUACGAAACACUGUCAACAUUGAACAGCAAGCUCAACAGCGUUUUGGCCAUGGUCGACAACUCCACGCAAACCACACCAAUGGCAAUGAGUUUAGCCACCACCCUCACCAAUCUCACCACAAAUGCCGCAAUCACAAACACGAGCGCCAAUUCCCCCACUGUGGUACACUGUGGACCGAAUCGCAUACAGCACGCCAACUCGCUGGAGCCAAGCGUGCCAUGUCAUGCGCUGAAUGCGAUUGUCAGCUCGUUGAAUUCGCAAAUUUCACUACUUUUGCCAAAGAUCAAUGAACGCGACAUGGAACGUGAACGCCUACGCAAGGAGAAUCAGCAUUUGCGUGAAUUAUUAAAUGCGAUGCAUGAACGUCAGCGAGUUGAAGCAAAAUUGGAAACUCCAACUGAUGCGACGGCAGUUAUCAGCAGCGGCGAUGCAGCAACAGCCGAUGAAACGGAUGGCGUCAAUAACAGCAACUCCUCAACCCCACAAAUGCAGUCCAACCCCCCAGCAGAUGCAGCGGCGACGACCAACGCCUCAACAGGUGUCAGCAGUGCAGCAGCACACGAAGGCGUUAGCGGUGAGCCACCGAAAAUAGCAGUUAACAACAUAGCAACACCAGCAACAACAGUUACAGCAGACACAACCACAAAGGCAACAACUGCAACAAGCGCUGAGUGUGACAAUUGAAGGAUGGAAAGCGGCGCAAAGUGAACGCAAAAGCAAAUGCAAAAGCAAAAGCAAUUAGAGUAUUGACUAAAUAAGUAUAAAGAAAAUUUUGUAGAUAUACAUACAUACAUUAUAUAUAUAAAAAAUAUACAUAUACCAAUGGAUGUAUGCAUGUGUAAUAGUUGUUGCACGAUUUCAAUUACUCGAUGUUAUUUCAUAUAUGCAUAUAUAGUAAGCUGAUUUUGUUAAUCAUAUAAUAUUGUAUUCGUGUCGUGGCCUUCAAUGCCCAUUCGUAAGCACAUGCGUGCGCAUUCGUAUAUAUGUACCUACUUGGUUGAAUAGGACAUGACAAUGCAUUUUGUAAAAGUAAAUUAUACAACAACAACAGCAACAAUAACAAUAAUGAUAACAAUUAUAUCUAUAUAUAUACACACACACUAUAUUAAUAAAGAAAAAAAAAAUAAAUAUUCUAUGUACGCAAGAAGUAAACUCUGCUUUACUAGCAAAAGCAAGCAAGCAAGCAGGCAUUAUGUAUGUGAACACGCGUAUAAAUUGUUUAUUAAGUAAAGUGGCACAAAAUUAUUAUACAAAAUACAAA